AUGAAACUUUCAAUAUACCAUGAGAUCAACAUUGUGAUCAAUCUAUUAUUCUUUGUAUUCAUUGCUAAAGCAACUUCUGAAUGUGAUUGUCCUGAUGUAAAUCGACCCGUUUGUGGUACUGAUAAUAUUUCAUAUCGAAAUUUAUGCAUUUUACAAUGCGAACAGGUCAAAAAACCAGAAUUGUUAUUCUUUUACAAUGGAACAUGUUGUCCUCACAUUGAAUGCCCACUAACCGAAAACUCAUUAUGCGAUAAUUAUGGAAAGACUCAUAUAAAUGAAUGCAAAUUCCGGGCAUUCAAAUGCGUUUUUGAGAGGACGAUGGGCCUAAAACUUGAAAAAGUUUAUGAUGGAACUUGUAAAGCUCAGAACUGCCCCAAGAAAUGUUCAGAUGACUACGAUCCAGUGUGUGAUACGGAAAAGACAAUCUACAAAAAUGUUUGUGUAUAUGAAAAAAUACGAUGUGAGUUAGAAAAGGAAAAUAUAAAAAUCCAUCUUGCUAAGGAUCCAAAGUUCUGCUUAAAUCGAAGCCAAAAAGUCUUUGGUGUGGAAACUUAUUCAGGUUAUCUUGAAGGGGAGAAUCCUAUAGAUGGUUAUGAUAAUCCUACCCCAGUUAAUGAAGCCGAUCUCCCAAACUCUCAUCAAAAUCAUAUUGAAGCGAGCCACGCCGUCUUGGAUACUAUUCACAACAAUGCAACAUCCACAACCAAACGGCUUCAGACGGCGAGUUUUCAACAGCCUUGCAAUAUUGCGGAAUGUGAUAAAAAUUGGGAUCCCGUAUGCGACACAAAAAAUCGAACGCAUAAGAAUAUAUGUCAUUUUAUGUAUUAUGCAUGUAAGGUAAACCAAAUUGAUGGAACUCUAUUAGAUAUUGCGCAUUUGGGAUCUUGUCAGUUGCAUGGUGCCACUUGCAUUAGUUGUCCAAAAGAUGAGAAGCCCAUCCCUGUUUGUGACAAUAAGAACAUGACGCAUCCCAAUCUUUGUUCGUUCAUUCAAUUCAAUUGUAAUUUGAAGAAAGGAGAGGAGGAGCGUGUUUUAGUACACGUAAAACCAUGUCAUUCAAGGAGUCCACAGUUUGAACUAAAGGAUGAGAUAUGCCCUUCGUCGUGCAGUCGUGACGUCAAACCUGUGUGUGAUGAGGCGAACAACACCCAUCAGAAUUUGUGUCACUUCCAACAAUAUAACUGCAAUAUGAGAAAGAUUGGAGUCAAAUCGCCAUAUCUUCGAUAUUUGAGGCCUUGCAUUAAAAACAGAAAAGUUGACACAGCGGUGGAAAAUGUUGAGCUUCAAGCAACGGUUACUCAAGUUCAAAUGAAACCAGUCGAGUCCGAAAAAACGACAUUUAUAUUCAGUACGCCAGAGCAUUUUAAAGAGACGAGUCAGUCCUCAAUACCAACUCAACGUAUACCUGAGCCAACAGAAACGACAUUGGUACCAACGACUUCAACAAGGACAACCACUUUGCCUACUACGACAACUACAAUCAAUUCGUUAUUUGAUUGCCCAAAACCCAACUGCCCAACUGAGGGACAGCCUGUCUGCGAUUCAGCUGGAAAUCUUCAUGGAAACCUAUGCGAAUUCACAUACUCACGUUGCUUAGCUGCUAGUAAAGGUGAGCAGCUGCAGAUAGCGGAGGAAGCAAAUUGUAUUUCGGAGAAAGCUUGUCAAAUGCCUUGUACUGACGAAUCUCAUCCAAUUUGUGCUUCUGAUUUUUCAACUUAUAAAAACUUGUGCCAUUUUCGAAAGCAGAAAUGCCUUGACCCGACACUGGAAGUUUUGUUUAAAGGAAAAUGCGCAGAGUGUUUGGAUUCACCUUGUGCUCAUCCAGCGUUCGAUGCUCCUGAUGAUGCAUUUGUGUGCGUUGAAGACGGUAGCACCAAAUCACUCUGCGAAUAUCAAAUGUUGAGUUGUAUAUUCGAACGCGGUUACGGUGUAAACCUUACAAUACAAUAUAUUGGAAAAUGUUGUCCACGAAUUGAGACAUGCGACGAUGAAAAGCCGAGCCCUGUAUGCGCCAACAACGGAGUUACAUUCUUCACAAAAUGUGAAUUUGAAAUUGAGAAUUGCAAAAACGCCAAAUUGGAAAUUCCUCUUCUUGAGGUUGUGAGCGAAGGAGUUUGUGACAGAACUCUACCCGAUGGUUUCUCGAAACCUUUCGAUGAUGAAGUGUCGUCGUCUCAAAUGGAAUUUAAAAGAGAUAAUCGAUUCAAUUGCUCGCAAGAAUGUGAUAAAACCUAUGACCCAUUGUGCGGUACUGAUGGAGUUACGUAUAGCAACGCCUGCUCACUUCAACUAGAAAUAUGUCGAGUUGAAAAUUCAACACUCGAAGUCGCUUAUCCUGGAAUGUGUUGCGAUAUCAAUUGUCCCAAUGAUUUCAGUCCGGUAUGCGAUAGCAGUGGUAAAACGCAUCAGAACAUUUGUCAUUUUGGAGUUAAUCGGUGUAUUGCCGAAAGAACAUCGGGUGAAGUGUUGACAAUUGAAAAGUUUGACAUUUGUAACGACGUUGCUGAAUGCCGCGCAACCUGCCCAAAAGAAUAUUUGCCAGUAUGCGCAACAAAUGGCCAAAAUGUCAUAAACCCAUGCGAAUUGAAUCGCAUCAACUGUUUACUACGCAAUAAUGUAACUAGUGGCGAAAUUUUGAUCAAAGAUUAUGAUGGGGAAUGUUGCCGAGAAACAGAUUGUGCAUUAACAUUCUCGCCAGUAUGCGAUUCCAAUGGAAUAACUCAUGCCAAUGAGUGUAUAAUGCGGCACCAAGCUUGCAUUCAGAAGAAGAAAUUUAACAAGGAAGUUACCAUUGCGUAUCAAGGUCAAUGUUGUAAUCAACCUUGUAGUGAUGAGUUUGCUCCGAUCUGCGACGGUACAACAACUCAUAGCAACAUGUGCAAGUUCAAAAUUGCUCAAUGUGAAGCUAAUCGAUUGAACAAAACACUUUCGGUUGCCUAUAAUGGAGAAUGUUGCAAGAUUCCCACCGGUGAUUGUGAAACAUCUGGACCUGUUUGUGAUUCUGAUGGUCAGACUCAUUCGAAUCAUUGUGAAUAUCAACAACGAAAAUGCAUUUCACAGCAAACUCUGAAUAGAAAUUUAACGAUUGUUCAUACAGGUUUGUAG